CCCGGUUGACCAGAAUCUCCUUCGCCCCGGCCGCCGGGCUGCCCGUGCGCCCUCCCCGCCACCAUGAACACGAUCGUCUUCAAUAAGCUCAGCAGCCAAGUGCUCUUCGAAGACGCCGCCAAGGAAAGGGAGAGGAGCAGCAGCCGGCCUUACGCCGGGGUCUUGGACGUGUCCGCCCACCCUGAGGUCCUCAUUCCUGACAGCCCGUCCAUGAAAGACAAUCUCAGCCUUCGACAUAGGAGAACAGGUACCCGACAGAACAGUGGGAAAGUGAGGCACAAGCGCCAGGCAUUGCAGGACAUGGCGCGGCCACUAAAACAGUGGUUGUACAAGCACCGAGACAACCCAUACCCCACUAAGACCGAGAAGAUCUUGCUGGCUCUUGGCUCCCAGAUGACUUUGGUGCAGGUAUCAAACUGGUUUGCCAAUGCAAGACGUCGCCUUAAAAAUACUGUCCGGCAACCAGACCUCAGCUGGGCUUUGCGAAUCAAGCUGUACAACAAGUAUGUUCAAGGAAAUGCUGAAAGACUUAGUGUAAGCAGCGAUGAUUCAUGUUCAGAAGAUGGCGAAAACCCUCCCAGAAGCCAUAUGAAUGAAGGGGGAUACAACACACCCGUUCAUCACACUGUGAUUAAGACUGAAAGCUCAGUAAUUAAAUCUGGAGUUAGACCAGAAGGAAGUGCCAAUGAGGAUUAUGUAUCGCCCCCCAAAUACAAAAACAGCUUGUUGAACCGCUACCUGAAUGACUCGUUGAGGCACGUCAUGGCCACAAAUGCAGCCAUGAUGGAAAAAACAAGGCAAAGGAAUCAUUCGGGUUCGUUUAGCUCCAACGAAUUUGAAGAGGAACUGGUGUCUCCGUCAUCCUCUGAGACUGAAGGCAACUUUGUCUAUCGGACAGAAACUCUGGAACAUGGACCUAGCAAGUGUGAAAGUGCAGCUAACAGAAAGAGAUCAAACAAAGAUGAGACCUAUUGGAAGGAGAUCAACGCAGCGAUGGCCUUAACAAACCUUGCACAAGGAAAGGACAAACUCCAGGGGACAACCAGCUGCAUCAUUCAGAAAUCGUCACAUAUAUCAGAAGUAAAGACUGUCAAAGUGCCACUAGUACCACCGUUUUAAAGAGAGCUGUUGCUUUUCUUUCCAAUCGCAAGUGGACAUUUAUUUUUCAUGCCAUUGGUUUUUCCCUCGUAAGAUCAGAAUGAGAGGUCUGAAGCAAGAAUUGAGAACCAGGUUCUUUUUGUAGCACGGUCAGUAAAAAUAAGAAUGGGAAGUUCUCACCAUGCAGGCAUGCUGGAAAUCAAUGGCAAUCUCACAAGAGCCUGGGUGUGUUCUCGUGCGAUUCCCAUUCGUUUCAGUGUUGCUUGUGCAAGAGACAUUCCCAAUGAAUUAUGCACAAUGAUGGCAAUAAACAAAUGCUCCCUCAGGCUAAAAUAUUUUGAUUUCUGGAAUAAAAUAUAAAAGCAGUUCUAUAAAGGGCAUGUAAAUUAUGGAGGGUGAAGCCUCCCAAGUUUGUUUGUUUUUUUAAGUCAAAACUAUUAACUUAUUUUAUUGUAUUAAUCAAACUGCACAUUAAGCGCUGCAUUGCUAUAACAAUAAGUGCCUUGCUUUCGUACAAUAAGCUAGAACGUGGGCAUAGCUCAGUACAAGUGUGCCUCAAAAGUGUGCCAACGCCACAACGCUUAACCUUUGCAUGUGAUUUCUAAAUGCAUCCUGACCAGUUUAAAGCUGACCUCAGAAAGGGUAGACGUUUCUCGAAAGCCCUGGAGGCAUUUGCCUUGUAUGGAUUAAAUAAAUCUCUUCGGUGAAAUUGCUACAUUUUACAACGGAAAAGUCCGCUAUGUUAACAAGUAAUGUGGGGGUUUUCUUACUCAAAUGGGGGAAACGUUGCUAUGCCUCUAUGGGGUUUUUUUUUCCUGACUGCAUUUGCCAUGUGUUAAAAAAUACAAAGAAUGAUUCCUUUCAUAAGUGCAAUACUGUAUGUGGGGGAAGGGUCUCCUCUUUUUUUCAAGAAGCAUCCUGAUGAUUUACAUGAAAGCCGUUGCUUCAGUUACUUUGCAAUGUGAAUAUAAAAAGGAAAAAAAACCCUCCAAUUGCCACAGGUGGACAAAACCAUUAUACAGUGGUACCUCGCAAGACGAAUGCCCUGCAAGACGAAUUUUUCGCAAGACGAAUGUGUCUUGUGAUCUGAUGGUGACUCGCAAGACGAAUUCGUUUUGCGAAAAAUUCAUCUUGCGAAUCGCAGUUUCCCAUAGGAAUGCACUGAAAUUUAAUUAAUGUGUUCCUAUGGGGGAAAAAAGAAAUUUCAAUGCAUUCCUAUGGGAAAGCGCGAUUCGGAAGACGAAUUUUUCACAAAACGAAUUGACUCGCGGAACAAAUUAAAUUUGCCUUGUGAGGCACCACUGUAAUGUAAUUGCCCUAGAGCUUUUUCUUUCAUAUGGACUAAAAGAGCUGCCUUCGAGUGUGUGUUUCAUGCGAAGAAAAAUGUACGUUGGCCAGAAUAGCCAUUCACAUUACUUACAAUGCCUCUCCUCAGAUUGCCUAGUCCAGGGGUCAGCAACCUUUUUCAGCUGUCCACCAUCCCUCAGACCAUGUGGUGGGCCGGACUAUAUUUUGGAGAGAGAAAAAAUAAUGAACGAAUUGCUAUGCCCCACAAAUAACCCAGAGCUGCAUUUUAAAUAAAAGCACACAUUCUACUCAUGUAAAAACACACUGGUUCCAUUUAGAAGGUGAUUGGGCCGGAUCCGGUCCCCGGACCUUAGGUUGCCUACCCCUGGCCUAGUCAGUACAUUGACAGAUAUUGGAGGUUAACAAUAAGAGAGUUCAAAGGGGAUUUAAGCCUUACAUAAGAACACGCUCCAAUUCUUUUAUGUAGUUCAAAUCUUUAACUAUAAAAAGACUCAUUGCGAUAGUUGAAGUUGUCGUCCCAAUGAAACCAUCAGUAAAUCCAGUUGGGAUUCCUUCCUUUUAAGCUCUCCUGACUUAUUGAAACUGUUAUGUAAGUAAACAAAGCAGAUCACUUUUCUGGUACCAAAUCAACCUAUGCUUCAGUUUGUUAUUUAUACUGGAGCUCAAUAACUUUCCACGACGGAAACUGUUAUUGCCUUAAUGCGUCCAAAAUGUUUUUAUUUUGGUACGGAAUGUAUCAAAUGAAUAAAAUCCCCAUUUCCAUGAGGGGGGGGGGGGAAGAAAGCAUAAUGAAAUCUAUAUAUUAUAUAAAGCAAAUCUUUGGAAUUAAAAACAUAUGGGGCACACACAACACACCAAACAAUUGUGGCACUGAAGCAAUUUAAAGUCAAAGUAGAUGCUAAAUUGGGCAUUAGAAACACCAUUUUAAACUCCUAAAUUUGACUAAAGCAAGUAUACUUUGCUCCAACCAUACAAAAAUAUUCUAAUCGGGUUUACACUCUUGAAUAAGCAACAGUAAAGCCAAAUAUAGCUUAUACUCGGGUCAGUAAAAUAAAACUGGGAAAAGAGCUGAUUGUCCAGAGUCCAGUUCAGGGGAAAUGGAAACCUAGCUUAUUUUCCUUAAACCAGUUUUAGUGUUACAUCUGAAUAACAGUAUCCAGGGUAAAUUUGUAAAUCUAGUUAGAGAUCCUAGUUUGGAAAUGAGUUCUCAGUCCAGGAAAGCUGCUAAUCCUGUUUUUAUACUCAACCCUGUUUGGUACAUUUUAUUUUUUACCAAACCUUGUUUGAGGUGGGCAAAGCAGAGUCACAGCAAAGAUCAUUAAGCAAAAUGCCUAGAACCUGGUCCAUUUCAUUUUCUAUGCAGGUAUUGGGUGAGUUCAACUUUUCCCAUGGAAAAAGCUAUCCAGAUGCAGAAAGAGGGAUAGUUUCAGGACCUUACAUGCAUGGAUCAGCAAAGACACAGUGUGGAACUGGAUGUCUUUGUAGAUUUGCUAGUUUGCAAUACAAUAAUGAGGUUCAGGCAAUGCAGCCAGAGCAAAAUAAACUACAUUUCGAUUUAAAAUCUGAACUGGGUCUUUUUGUUUGCGUAACCUAUUGGAAUUUUACUCCUACCCCUUCUGCUUCUAGUAAGACCCAGUGAACUUCUAAGCCGCCCAUUCCUUCUUUACUUGACAUAUAUGGCAAACUCCCGUAUAGUGAGUAAGAUCAAAACCCUCGGUGAAGCUGACUUUCAGGUAUGCAAAGCGUUGCUCAAGCAUAGCCAGUUCCAAUUGCACUAAUAUAAUCUAGAUAGCAGAUAUCAAACCUCGAUGUAACAUGUAGAACGCAUCUUGAUGUAACAUAGCAUUUUGUGGUUGUGGUUGUUUUAAAGUGUACAAUUAAAAUGAUUUGAUAUGAAAAAAUAUUUUGUACAUAAAUAUAUAUAUUUUUACUUUUUUAAAAUUGCUAUUUUGCAUUGACAUAAAAAGCAGGAAAUAUAUGUUACGACUGUAUGAACAGUUGAAGGAUACUUUGGGUCGACUUGCAUCUUCGUGCAAAAGAGGUCUCCCCCCCCCCAAAACAGUGACUUUCAGACCUGAUCAACUAGACUUUGUCAUAACAAUGUGAGUUUUUAAAGAAAACAGAGUAAACUCUUCACUUUAGUUCAUACUAUUAUAAGUUAUUCUGCUAUUAACUAUUUUGUGACAAUAAACUGUCUUGCCAAACUUUUCUGUAA